AUGUCUCGCCAGAUAAUUUUUAGGACCCCAACGUCCGUCCAACGGCGGCAAUUCUUGCUGCAAAGUGGUUCAUCUUCCAAUUCCUUCUGUUCCUCCAGUACCGACGACGGCGGAAGCAGCAGCAGCAGCACAAGGAGCAGUUCCAGGAAUAGUGCCAAGUUCGGGGAGUUUUGUGGGGGUACCACAGCCGAGUGUGCGGUUAUUUGUUGCUGCUGUCCUUGCACAAUAGCAAACCUCCUAGUUUUAGCAUUUUACAAGGUUCCAGCGGGGCUAUGCCGCCGUGCUCUCCGCCUGAAACGGCGGCGUAAGUUGAAGGAAAAAGGGUUGCUUCAGCCGAAAAACCACCGGCCUCAUUGUGGAAUUGAAGAUAAUAGCGAGUUGCAGAUUCACACGGUGGUAGUGGAGGAUUUUUUCCCAGAUGUGGAGGCUUCUGAAGAAGCAGAGAAAGCGGUGAUGGAACUGGAAAAAGAGAUGUGGCAAAGAUUCUAUGGUACUGGAUUUUGGAGAAGUCCUUCUCAGAGAGAAGGAGAGCCACCCAGAAUUAAACAACUUUAA